AGAAGAGUCCGACAGACGGGCAGAGACAGACAACCUACCUGGACAUGGAUCACCUGCUCAUGCUUCUGAUGCCGCUGUGGAGCUCAGGUGCUCAGUGUGGAACCACAGCCCAGGAUGGUGGACGUCUCCUCCAGCAUCUCACCUGAGAGCUUCAACACCAUCAGGUCCUUUCUCACCAAAGUAGUAAGAAACAAGGACAUCGGACCAGACAGAACCCAGAUUGCCGGUAUCAGUCGUGCUCCUCCUGGCUCCGGUGUUGACCAGCUGCAUGGCUCUGGUCAUGCCGCUGGACUGCAGUGACAUCCAUAAUAAUGACAACAGCCGACCCAGCGGAGUGUACACCAUCUAUCCCAUCGGAUCCACGUCUGCUGUCCAGGUGUACUGUGACAUGGUCUCUCAAGAAGGACGCUGGACGGUGUUCCAGAGGAGGAUGGACGGCUCGGUGAACUUCUACAGGCCCUGGGAUCAAUACAAGUUUGGCUUCGGUAGUGCAGCAGGAGAGUACUGGCUCGGGCUUGAGACUCUCUUCCACCUGACGCUGAGGAAACGGUAUGAGCUGCUGGUCGACAUGGAGGACUUCAGUGGAAACACAGUGUCCGCUCGUUACUCCUCGUUCUCCAUCGACCCAGAGUCCUCCGGAUACACACUGCAUGUGUCUGGAUUCACUGAUGGAGGGGCAGGUGAACUCCUGAGUUCUCACAGCGGGCAGAAGUUCUCCACCUUCGACAAAGACCAAGACUCGUAUGCAGGGAACUGUGCCAGACUAUACUUGGGGGCAUUCUGGUACAGUAGCUGUCACUAUACAAACCCCAACGGGGUUUAUCGUUGGGGGGCUGAUGGCACUCUCUAUGCUGUUGGAGUUGAUUGGUACCAUUGGAAGGGUCAUGACUACAUCCUGUAG